AUGUCAACAGCCACAGUCUCAUCGUCGGUGGUUAAUACCGUCAACACCAUCAUUGGAUCGGGCAUCCUGUUGCUUCCAUAUGCUUUCAGGACUGACUCAGUUUUGUUUGGUAUUUUGAUUCUUAUCUUCGCUGCGGCAACGAAUGUUUUUGGACUCUUCUUGCAAGCAAUCUCCUCUAAAUUCCUUCGAGAAGGCAACGCAAACUUCUUCACCGUUUGUUCAAUAACUUAUCCAAGUCUGAGUGUUGUUUUUGACCUGGCAAUUGCAUUACAAUGCUUUGGUGUGGACAUAUCUUACAUCGUACUGACUGGUGAUUUGAUGCCACUCAUUCUUCCCAUAUCCGGCUUUACGGACUCUCAAAUGCGGCUUUUUUACAUCUUAAUCUCAGCUGUCAUUACUGUUCCAUUGUGCUUCCUGAAGCGGCUUGACAGCUUGAAAUACGCUUCAGUUGUCUCGCUCUUGGCUAUCGCGUAUCUGGUCAUUUUAGUCUAUGCCAAUUUCGCUUAUGGGCUGGCUACAGGGUUCCAACACAUUCCUUUACAGAGACAGGGACCCAUAUCCUGGUGGACUCCCGAAGGUUUUAAGCCGGUCUUCAAAACCUUCGCAAUCAUUGUUCUUGCCUUCACAUGCCCUACUCAAUUUUCGAUCAUCUCCGAAUUACGUGACCCUAGGUUGACCCGUAUAUUCAGAAUCAUCACAAUCUCUCUGACGAUUACCACAAUUUUGUUCGCAACAGUUGGUCUCUCGGGCUACUUUACCUUUGGAAAUGCGUUAGAAGGAAACAUCAUCUUAAUGUACAACGAUACAUGGGCUACCAAAUUGGGUAUGGGGCUGCUCUCGCUAAUGGUUCUUCUUUCUUUCCCAUUGAUGUUUCAUCCCGCUAGAAUUUCAGUCAACAACGUAUAUCAUUGGAUAGAGAGUCAAUUCAAGAAUUCACAGGAAGCACAGCCGUUGCUAUCUAGUGAAGCCAAAGCAAUCCCUAUGUCUAGCUCAAGAUUUGUGAAAGUCAGCGUGGUCAUGUUGAUCGUCGCAUAUUUUGCUGCUAUUAAGCUUGAGUCUUUUGAGCUGGUUCUAUCAUUGGUGGGUUCUACUGGUGGGGUUUUGAUCUCAUUUGUGCUACCUGGAUUUUAUGGGUACAAACUAAUUAACAAUCCAGAAAUGUUGGAUGCCCUAGUGACACAUUCUCCAUUAGAUAGUGAUCACUGGGUGUUCCGAAAUAAGGUGCUUCAAAAGCUCUCACUGAUUCUAGUCAUUUGGGGAAUUGUAGUAAUGUUCAUUUGCCUAUAUUCAACUUUGUUUCAAUAA